AUGGCUCACCAAAUUCACCUAAAUGAAAACGAAAUCGCCUGCGCACUUCAAUGUGAUUUAAGUGAAGAUGGACUCGACUUAGAUGACGAUAGUUUGAUGGAUCCUGACUUUGAACCAGAUUUUGAAGAGUCGAUUGACGAAUCUUUGGAAGCUGAAUUCGACAUAGAUGCACUAGUAGACACCUUGAAUGAUGACGACCGUAACUCCAACUUUGAGGUAGAAGUAGGGCCGGCCUUAUCUAGUUCAGACAUUCCAGGUACUUCAGAUCCCCCUGUAAAACGUCGAAAGCCUGAAAAGCUAACAUUACGGUGGAAAAAGAAGAAUUUAGAGCUGAAUGCACAGCAGCUGGCUUUUACUGGCAAUGAGUCAUUGAGUUCUGAUAUCUUGGACCUUGAUACUCCAAUACAGUUCCUUCUUUUUUUAUUUCCACCAGAACUCAUAAAGAGAAUUUCGGAAGAGACAAACCUCUACGUGGUACAAAAAGACCCAAACAGCACGUUUCGUGUAUCGGAGACAGAAAUGCGUCAAUUUAUAGGGGUAGUAUAUAUGAUGUCACUGAUUCAGCUACCCAGAGUGACCAACCACUGGAGUUCCGUCUUGGAGAUUGAAUCUGGCAAAGAGAAUGUUGUCAGACCCGACGAGCCAGAUUUAGGAGCUUCUUCCAAUGUAGUAGUGAGAUUAUCGCGUAUGAUUCCGCGACACCAAAAUUACAGGCUCUAUUUCGAUAACUACUUCACAUCCUUGCAUCUUUUGGAAUAUUUAGCAAAAGAAGGUAUUCUUGGGCUAGGUACUAUUAGAAGGAAUAGAAUACCUGACUGCAAGCUGUCGUCAGAAAAAGAGAUUAUGAAGAAAGAUCGAGGAUAUUCUGAAGAGUACAUAGCUGAUGUCAACGGCGUCGACGUGUCAACGGUUGUAUGGAAGGACAAUAAGCUUGUUACAUUGGCUUCCACAUUUGCUGGUCUAAAUCCUAUAAGCGAAGUCCGGAGAUACGACAAAAAGAACUCAAGAUACAUAAACAUCCCGCGACCUAAUGUUGUGAGCGAGUAUAACCGUCAUAUGGGCGGUGUGGACCUUGUAGAUAGCAUUAUGGGCAUCUACAAGAUAAAACUGAGAAGCAAACGUUGGCAGAUGCGUCUCUUCUAUCACUUCUUAGACCUAACAAUGGCUAAUGCAUGGCUGUUCUAUAAAAGAGUCUGCAAGUAUAAAAACAUUCCCAACAAGACCAUCAUGGCAUCUGCAGAUUUUCGCCUGGAAAUUGCCGAAACAUUGUGCAAGAUGGGGGUGAAAACGGGUUUAACAAUACGCCGAUCUAUUGAAGGUCAAAUCCUAGCAAAGAAACACAAAGGACCUGCCCAACAUGUACCUCCACAAGCAGUCCGCCAAGAUCAAGUCGGUCACUGGCCUCAAUGGGCAGAAAAAAAAAUCCGUUGUAAGUUCCCUAAGUGUGCUGGAUUUACUCAUACGGUGUGUGAUAAAUGCGGCGUAGCUUUAUGUUAUACCAAAAACAAAAAUUGUUUCAGGAAUUUCCAUCUGUUGUAA